GGUUGCUCCCGGAGGAGCCAGCAGCUGGCAUUGCUGAGGGACGGGGUCCGAGCUGGACGAGGAGCAGCCCCGUGGAAUCACCUGAAAUCAUAAGGAUUUCCACCACAUCUGAAAAGUACACAAUGAAGGAUUCACCCUGAAAAAGGUACAGCCACAUCCCUGGGUUCUCUCCAGAGGGAUUGUGACAGGGCUAACCUGCAGAAGCCAUCUCCCAAGGUGGAACACAGAGGCUGGAUGUGGCAGAGAGCAGAAAGUGGAAGCACUGACUUCAUCUGGGACUGAGGUCUGCUCCUGGACAUGGAGGCCAUAAGAGUAUUUUGAGGGACACUGGGAAGCAGGGGUUGCUCUGGAAUCUGCCCUGACCAUGUCUCCUCCAGUCCUUUCAGACCUGGGCUAUGUCCCCCCCGAUGGUGGAUGGGGCUGGGCCGUGGUGUUUGGAGCCUCCAUCUCAAUUGGGUUUGCAUUUACCUUCCCUAAAGCUUUCACAAUCUACUUUAAAGAGAUCCAGGCUUUUUUCAACAUCUCCUACAGCCAGAUUGCCUGGACAACAUCCAUCAUGUGUGCUACCACCUACGGAGGAGGGCUCCCUGGGGAGCGCGGGCCCCCGGCCAUGCCGGCCCCCGCUGAGGCAGGGCGUGCCCCGGCCCCGCCGGACGGCGGCUGGGGGUGGGCGGUGGUUUUCGGCGCCUUCGUUUCCAUCGGCUUCGCCUACGCCUUCCCCAAAGGCUUGGCCAUCUUCUUCAAAGAAAUCCAGGAUUUCUUUGGCACGUCCUAUAGCGAGGUCGCCUGGGUCUCCUCCAUCAUGCUGGCCACGACGUACGGUGCAGGUCCCAUCAGCAGCAUUUUGGUGAACCGCUAUGGUAGCCGCCCCGUGGUCAUGUUUGGGGGCCUCCUGUGUGGUGUGGGGAUGAUCUCAGCUGCCUUCUGCACCAGCAUCCUGCAGCUCUACAUCUGCGUGGGCUUCAUCACAGGAUUUGGCCUUGCUCUCAACCUUCAGCCAUCAGUGAUAAUAAUAGGGAAAUACUUCUUGAAGAGAAGACCCAUUGCCAAUGGCCUCGCCAUGGCAGGAAGCCCCGUGAUGCUUUGCACCCUGGCACCUCUCAACCAAUUCCUUUUUGACAAUUUUGGCUGGAGGGGCAGCUUUUUAAUUCUUGGGGCAAUUUUAUUAAACUGCUGUGUGGCAGGAGCUCUCUUCAGACCUAUCGGGGCAGGCACAGCACUGGGCAAAACCCAGGUGACUGAGGAAGGGAAGGAUGCUCUGAAAGGAAAGACCACUGAAGAUGGCCCCAUGGAGAACAAAACAGAAGAGGAAGGAGAAAAGGACUGCUUUGAAAAAGUCAAUCAGUACCUUGAUUUUUCCCUCUUUAAACACAGAGGGUUCUUGAUUUACCUGAUCGGAAAUGUGCUCAUGUUCCUGGGGUUCUUUGCCCCUAUUGUUUUCCUGGCACCCUAUGCAAAGCACACUGGCAUUGAUGAAUAUUCAGCUGCUUUCCUGCUUUCCAUCCUGGCUAUUGUGGACAUGGUAGCUCGCCCCACCACCGGCAUCGUUGCCAACAGCAAGUGGGUGAGGCCAAGGAUCCAGUACUUCUUCAGCUUCGCCAUCGCCUUCAACGGCGCCUGCCACCUCCUGUGCCCGCUGGCCUCCAGCUACACAGGCCUCGUUGUGUACUCCAGCUUCUUUGGGCUGGCCUUUGGCAUGGUGUGUGCCAUGCUCUUCGAGACGCUGAUGGACCUGGUGGGAGCUGCCCGCUUCACGAGCGCCGUCGGCCUCGUCACCAUCGCCGAGUGCUGCACGAUACUGCUGGGACCCCCCAUUGGAGGAAUUCUUAUUGAUACCUUUGGAGACUAUAAAUAUAUGUUCAUUAAAUGUGGAGCUGUGAUGGUCCUGGCAGGAGCCUUUCUGUUCAUCAUGAAUUAUUAUAAUUAUCGUAUGCUUGCCAAGGAGGAGAAGGAAAGAAAGGCAAAAGAAGAGGAUCCUAAAGCUGUAAGGACAGAAAAUGAAGGCAAAAAAAACUGGAACAAAGACUCCACACAGGAUGGACCUGAGCUGGAACCUUUAAAAGAGAAGGGAGAAGGAUUAAAGAAGGAAAUAAAUGGCACAAAUGAAGUUUAAACCUGUUCUCAUGGCUGAAUGGGAAAUGACUUCUGGGUUGUACAAGUGAGCACUAGCUCUGAAAUCACACUAGUUUUUAAAAUUUUACUCUAUUCUCUGCCAUGGGCAUCCUCUUCUUUGUUGUAGAAGACUAGAACAGAAACAAGACCUGAUUCUUACAAACUGCUGGGACACUGCAGUAUCCACUUGCAUACCAAAGGUCCUGUGAGAUUUUCCUUUAGCUAUUCCCCAUUUCCCAAAGAAAAGGGAAAUGGGAUGCUUUGCAGGGGGCCAGGACGAGGCUGGAAUGAGACAGGAGUCCUUCUUCAGGUGUUUGGUCUGUGCAGGGCAGAAAUUAAGUCUCAAGCUUAACCCUUGAUCUACAUUCCAACAGUGCAAAUUUAAUUUUUCCCUAGGAGGUUACAAAGUGCUUAUUAUCCAAUUUCUGAGUGCCUCACCAUUUCUAGUGAGCUUUUUCUUUGCAACACCCUGGUGAGACAGUAAGUGUUGCCACUAUUAAUUAAUUGUACAAAUGAAGAACUGAAGCACAGAGGAGCUUUGGGCAUCAUUGCAUCAGUGAAUAAAGCUUAGGCCUGCCAGAGCUGAAAUGGAAUCCACUGCCCUGAGAUGCCUAAAAGCCUUGCUGAGCCCAGGUAUCCCCUUGCUAGAAAAAGGGGAUACAAUGGAUAGCAGUGCACUGAACCUGUGUACAGUGCACUCUGCUCACUGUGUGCCUCACCCUACUCACACUAAUCACAAUUAGUGAUUUUGAACACUGUCUCAGAGCUGGGACCUCGUGCCAGACUUUUUUUUAACCUGUUUCAGUUGCAUCCAUCCUGGAGGGAUGCCAAACCCAGCUGCCUCCCCCUUGUUUGGGGUGGAGGGGCACCUCCCUGCUGCUGGCACUGCAGUACCUGCUGGCCUCAUGCCACCCUGCUGCACAAAGUGAAGUUUGCCAGGUCAGUGAUGCAGAGGGGGAGCUGAGAUCAGACAGGAGGCUCAAAUCCUGUGGUGAUAAUUUUGAUCUGGGAAGAUUUGCACUCUAAAGUAUUUUAUACCAAGCAGCCGUUGCCCAAGAGACGUGGAUGCUGAGCAUGGCAUCACGCACUUGAAUCAUCAGACUUCUGUGGAAUUUCAUGGAUUUGAUUAGAUAAAAACAAGGGCUUUUCAGGCAGAUCAACCAAAUCCAAAGCUAAAACUUGUCCAAAAGCUAGUUCUCCUUUUUCUUUGUUUCAAUGUGGUCAGAUCAUAUUUUUUCAUGGCUUUGUCUUCAAAGAAAUGUAUUUUCUUGUCACUUGUGUACACAAUAUGAAGAAAGGCUUGUAAAAAUACUUUCAUAAAUACACUGUACUCUUAAAAUUAGGUCAUUCUGGUCUUCUUGUACAAAACCUUUUCUGUGAAUUCCUUUGUUUCUUUGAAGAAUAGUGAUCUUUGACUUCAGCAGGACUUAAAUUUUAGCCUUAUGUCAUAACUUGUAUUUUCUCUGAAAAAAACAAAAUCUAUACAAGAUAAUUAGGCCUUCAGUGCUUGUUUUUAAUACCCUUCAUUUCUGUCAAAUCCAUCUGUGAUAUUUCAUUUAAAAAGGCAUUAAUAGAAGGUCAUGAAUAUUUUCCAGUAUGCCUUCUGUCACAUACUGUCAUAUACUUAAUAAAACCAUUUAAAAUAAUUAAA